UUAGUUAUUGUCGAGCUGUUGUUUGAGGGGUUCGCUCAGUGUUCGUACGCAGUGAAAUGGCCAGCGUUUCAGUGGAACAGGACCAUUUCACCUGUCCAGUGUGUCAGGAUCUACUGCAGAAUCCAGUGACCAUUCCCUGUGGACACAGUUACUGUAUGAACUGUAUUACAGACUGGUGGAAUCAGGAGAAUCAGAACGGAGUUUACAUAUGUCCUCAGUGCAGAAAGACCUUCAGCCCAAGACCUGCCUUAUGUAAGAAUGUGAUAUUUGAUCAAAUGGUGGAGAACCUGAAGAAGACGAAACUACAUACUGCUGUUCCUGCUGGUGCCUCCUGUCAGACUCAUUUUGACCUUCAUGAAGAAUUUCCCCCAAGUAAACCAUACAAAAUGAUUGAUCCCACUGGGAAGAAGAGGAUCUGUCAUCAACAUAAUAAACCAUUGGAAAUCUACUGCCGGACCGAUCAGCGCUAUAUCUGUUAUUCGUGUUCCGUGAAUACACACAAAAAUCACACGUUUGUAACAGCUAUAGAAGAGAGGACAAAGAAACAGAACCAUCUGGAUCAAACGCGAGGAAACUUCCAAGAGAGAAUCCAGCAGAGAGAGAAAGAUCUUCAGGAGCUGAGAGAGGUUGUGAAGAAUCAUAGGCAUUCUGCACAGAAAGCAGUGCAAGAGACUGAGAGGAACUUUACUGAACUGAUCCGCUCCAUUGAGAGAAGCCAAUCCGAGAUCACACAGCAGAUCAGAAAUCAGGAAAAAGUUUUAGUGAGUCAAACUGAAAUACUCAUGAAGCAACUGGUGCAGGAGAUUGAUGUCCUGAGGAAAAGAGACACUGAAAUGGAGCAGCUUUCACAAACAGAUGAUCACAUCCAUUUUCUUCAGGUAAGAGAGGUUGAG